AUGGCAAGCCAGAAUACUAACACUAAGCCGACUCAGAAUGUGGCCGGCAAUGUCAGCUAUGGAAAAUCCACCACUAAGACUCUGCCAUUUAACACCUACUGCCGACCUGGUGUCACUUACAAGAUAUUGCCCAUGACUGAGGUGGAAAAGGGGCCUCAUUGUGUAAAAUAUUCCCUCACAGAGUCAAGUGAAAACCACUCAAUGGGCAAACACUUUGGGGCUUUCCAAGGAUCCCAUCAUGAGCUAGUCUCCACCGCUGAUUUCCAAGAGCGCCCCCCUGCCCAAAUGACCUCAAGCCACACAACAGCCUCCUUCAAAAACUUGGCUGCUGUGGUGAUAGACACAGGAACAGGCUACAGCAAGUGUGGUUUGGCGGGGGAGGAUCGGACUCGGGCUGUAGUGCCUACCCGGGUGGGGAGACACCUGAACUCUGAAGGGGACAAAACCCCCUACUAUAUCACAGAGGAUGCAGAGGCAGCUUGCUCUACACUGAUCCGUGGGGUGGUCACUGACUGGGAUGCCCUAGAAGUCCUCUGGAAUCACAUCUUCUAUAGCAAAUUGUGUGUGGAGCCUGAAGAAUUAGCUGUACUGGUGGCUGAUUCACCGGUCUCCCCUCGUACCAAUCGUGAGAAGGUAGUUGAGCUCUUGUUUGAAAAUUUUGGGGUACCUGCCAUGCAAACUGUCCAUCAGGCAUUACUCACCCUCUAUGCCUAUGGGCGCACCACAGGACUGGUCAUGGGCAGUGGGCAUGGCACUUCCUAUGUGGCUCCCAUUAUUACAGGUGAACUGGCACCGCUGAACCUUUACCGACUAGACGUGGCUGGGAAAGACCUCUCUGAAUACCUCUCCCAGCUACUUUUGGCUGGUGGGCAGCCACCACCUAAGAUCGAUGUUCUGACCCAUAUGAAGGAGACCUGCUGUUAUGUGACCCUCGACAUGGUCUCUGAACUCUGCCAACCAGAGAGCAAGAACCGGCUUGACUUUGUCCUUCCAGACAAGCAUGUCCUCUCCCUUGGGGCUGAACGGUUCCGCUGCCCUGAGGCCUUGUUUAAGCCUGAUGUCCUGGGCCUGGAUCAGCCCAGUCUACCUGGACUGGCCCAGAUUAGCAUUAGCCAACUGGAGCCACACUUGCAAGAACAACUGUUGGCUAAUGUGGUUCUGGAAGGUGGGACCACUCUGCUCAAUGGUUUCUCUGAAAGGGUCCAGCAAGAACUAGGGUCCACAGCAAACGUCUUAUCCUUGCCUCAUCGUGCCAUGGCUGCCUGGCUAGGAGGUUCCAUCAUGGCCUCCCUUGAUUCCUUCCAGACUCUCUGGUUGAGCAGAGGGGAAUACCAGGAAGAGGGCUCGUGGGCCAUCUAUAAGUAUCACCUUUGA